AUGUUUAACACAAAUGAGGCUUGUGAUAAUAUUCAGGUUUGACUGCUGUAAAGGAUUGACAGCCUUAGAAUCUCUCCAAUAAUUGACAGUAGACUGAUGAUAAAAUGGAAUGUGACUCCAUCUGCCCAUGUGAUCUUCUGAGCUUUGGUACCUCCAGGUUGGGUUUCUGUGGGACUGUGUAAGUUAUUAAUUAAUUACUAAUCGCAUAUAACAAUUUUCAUUUUCCCAGAAAAAGUCAUAACCAUUCUGCUGGACAGGUUUCCCAAAUAUCUGCGAUCGAAGCGCUUUUGUCUGACAAUUGGCAUUUGCAUGUUGUUUUAUUUGUUUGGCCUUGUGAGUGUAACCCAGGCUGGAAUUUACUGGAUACAUUUAAUUGAUCAUUUCUGUAUUGGAUGGGUCCCCAUUAUAAUAACACUGCUGGAACUCAUGGGUGUAAGCUGGCUGUAUGGGACAAACCGAUUCAUCAAGGACAUUGAGAUGAUGAUCGGGGAAAGAAAUUGGCUUUUCUGGCUCUGGUGGAGAGUUUGUUGGUUUUUUCUCACUCCAUGUUUGAUGGUGGUUCUCUUGAUCUGGUCCUUGACAACGUUUGCCUCACCAACAUAUGGACCUGUUGAAUACCCUGUCUGGGCAAUAGCAGUGGGCUGGUGUAUGACCAUCUUCUGUAUUAUGUGGAUUCCCAUUGUGGCCAUAGUGAGAGUUGUCCAAGCUGAGGGCUCCACCUUGUGGCAGAAGAUAUCUGCAGCUUGUGCACCAGCCCCUGAUUGGGGUCCGUACUUGGAACAACACAGAGGGGAAAGAUACAGGAAAAGGCCUGAUUCAAGAGAUACUUCUUAUGGGGUACAGCUUCUAGCGACACCCUAAAUGUGAAACUUUCAAGUAAAAAUUUAUUUUCAGUGGGUAAACAAUUGUCCUAAAAUCAACCACUAUUCUAAUGUACUUCCCAUUGUUGUUUCAGUGGGGAUCCCAAAUACGGUUUCACUUUUUUAGUCUGUCUGCUGUACAUCUUUAGUUUUCCGGUUAAAUCUGUUUGGGUCCUGUCCAGCUGACUGCUUCUGCCUCUCUAUUGUUUUCAUUUGGCUCUGGUUCAACCUCGGGUUCUCAAUCUAUUCCUGUGGUAUGGCACUAUACCCAGAAGCUUCUACUCCCUCCACCACCAAGGCUCAGGAGCGGCAAUGCGUACUAUAUACAGGAUACACUGCAGGAUUCACCAAAGAUCCUCAGACAGCACCUUCCAAACCCAUAACCAUUACCAUCUAGAAGG